GAUCUUGACAGGGCUAUAAUAGGGAGACAGAGUUUGGAGAUGGAGAUCAGAAACCUCCAAGAUAAACUCACUGCUAACCAGAAAGCUUUGGAUGCCUCAAGGCGGGAGCUGCACAAUCUGAAGAAAUUUUCCAGUGAGCUGGAUGGAAGCUUGAAGAGCAGCAGAGAAGAGGCGAGGACUGCUCAGAGCUCUUUAGUGGCUUUUCAAGAGCAAAUUGCUACCCUACUCAGCAGUGGAUCUGCAACAGUUAAACCUUCUGAGAAGACCAUUUUGGAGAGGAUCCAAGAAAUAAACUGCAAAGAGGAGAGUAAAGAGAUAAUAGUAUCUCAGCUUGAAACCCAAAUAGCUAAAUUGACUGAAGCUGUGGGAAAUCAGACCAGAUUGUACCAGGAAGCUCUGGAGAGGAGCAGGAAAGCUGAAAAGUGUUCUGAGACUUUCCAGGAUCAACUGAAACAGCUGGAAGAGGAAUUAUUGGCUGCAGAUCUGCUGCAAGAUGGUUUGAAGCUCGAGAAACAAAAAUAUCUCAAAUUUCUGGAACAACUUAAUGAGAAGAUGAAGCUGGAUAGCCUAGCAGCAGAGGUUGGAUUUGAUAUGAAUGUGGAUGCAAUUCUAGCCCGGGUAGAGCAGUUAGUGAAACUGGAAGGUGAUGCAGUGAUUGAAAACAAGACUAUGGCAUAUAGCCUAAGAAGGAAGUUGAAGUCUCAGAAAGCAAAACUUGAAAGCAAAGAGCUGCACAUGAACCUUCUGCGGCAGAAAAUAACCCAGCUGGAAGAAGAGAAGCAAGUAAGGACUGCCUUAGCUGUGGAGAGGGAUGAGGCCAAUCUUGCUGUCAGAAAGUUGCAUAAGAUGAUAGAGAGGUUACAGAAGCAGCUUGAUCUGGCAAAGGAAACGAAUACUGAUCUCAAAGCCAAGCUGUCUGAAACCAAUGAACUUAAGAUCAAAACUUUGGAGCAGAACAGAAUGAUAGAAGAGCUCAAUAAAUCUCAAGGCAAAUUGGAAAGAAUGAAAGAAAAGGCUGAGAAACAACUUACGUCUGUCAAAUCAGAACUUCUUUUAAAGGACCGUAAAGCUACUGAAGACAAAGAAAAAAAUAAAAAUAUGUUAGAAGCAGUUACUAGUGAGAUGAAAGUGCUUAAAACAACCCUUGCAGAAUUAGCAAAAAGAGAGAGACAG